AUGCUGCAGGACGCAAGAAGCAUCAGCCCGGCUCCUGAGACCAUCGGAUCGGAGGAUUCGACGCAGGAGGAUGGAGCCUCCACCACCGAGCUAGGUUGUUUGGUGAGCGACGAGGUGACUCCGGAGCCUCGCGCCGCGCCUCGCCCCCGCUGCAGCUGUCGGGAGGCUGCUGUGACGCUUCCUGCCAUCUUGGCAACUCUGCUCUUUCUGCCCUUCAUUAUUGGGAGUGCAGUAGGUGCUCAUGGCCUUCUUGGGGCGCGUGGAAGUGGACCAAUGUGCCUUUUGGCGCUUGUGUGGGCUUCUGUCGCAUCGCUGUACCUUGCAUGGGCCUGGAUGACGGGCAAGCGGGCUCUUGCAAGUCUGCUACUUCUGGGUGCCCUCCUUUGCUGCUUCGUGCUGCUGAGCCUGCCGGCGCUGCUCGCAUUGCACUCCUCCCAGCAUUUGGCAGAUGAGGUGGACCGGUUGUUUCCCGCAAAUGUGGAAACCGCACGAGACAACGCCUUCAGCUUUGGUUCGUGGUUGAUUGGACCAUUGGCUGCCGAGGUCGGCAGCUGCAAGCUUCGGCCGUUGCACGUUUCCAUACCCUUCAAGAGCAUUUCCUCACCGCCAGACUGUUCCCAGCAGCCUUUUGUGAGAAGAUGUGGUUCUGCUGGGCCUUUGUUCCUGGAUGUCUACCUGCCAGAGUUGCGAGGUGCUCCUGGCGAAUUGAGCAGGCCUCUGUUGUUCUUCGUCCACGGCGGGUGGUGGUGGAGCGGAGACCGAACCUGGCAUCACGCUUGCUUCUUUGAGUAUUUUCUGAAUCGUGGCUUUGUGCUCGUGUCGGUGGGGUACCGUCUUACGCGGGACGGCUACGUGGGGACAGACUUGGUGGAAGAUGUUGUUGAUGGCCUCAUGUAUGUGAUCGAACAUGCUGAACAGCUGGGCGUUGACAAGCGCAGAGUGAUUGUGCAGGGCGAAUCGGCUGGUGGCCAUCUGGCGGUGUUGGCAUCCUUGUUGGUACCAUCUGGGCUCGUGCGUGGUGUCGUGGAUCUCUGGGGCAUCCAGGAGCUUCGCCAAGGCUACAGCUCUCAUGUCCGUGACAACUGGCCGGAAGCGUAUUCCCUCUUCUGUGGGGGCAAUCCUGUGACGAAGCCUGGCUGCUUUCGCAACAUGUCAACGACAAGCCAUGUGGCAGAGCAGUCUCCACCGAUGCUCUUGCUCCAUGGAACAGCCGACACGGUAGUGUCCUUCGACCAGUCUGUGGCUUUGGCGGAUGCACUGCAGAACUUCCACGUGCCCAAUCUGCUCGUCCCAGCACCUCAGCAAGUGCAUGGCUGCUGGGGCGUUCCGAGUGGAAUUUGCAUCCAGUACCUUUUGUUCGUUUCCGAGCGUUUCUUUGCAUGGACGUUUGCCGGCACCCCUUUGGAAACAGCGGAAGCAUAUCCGGAUGAUAUUAUUGACGACUGCUGGAUUGCAGAAUGUUGGGGGGGGGGGGGCGGGGCGAAGCAGCAGCUGUUGUGUUUGGCCAUGCAGCGGAGUGACGAUGACCACAAGGAAGUGCCACCUUUCUGGCUGUUGACAAAGCCUCCGCCACUGUCAGAAGACGAGAAGCUUCAGGCUUCAGCCGCACCCAGUGCAGCUCAGCUUUUCCAGCAGAGGGAACUAGGGAAAGUCGAUGCUUUCGUGGAGACGGAUACCUGCAUCCUGCCGCUGGCUCCGAAGGCCCAGCUCGGCUCUGCCAUUCAUGAUCGCCACCGCGUGCUGCAGGUGAGUCUUGGCAGAGAGCACGGUCUUCUGCUGUCUGAUGCGGGGAUCGCCUUCACUUGGGGUGACAACCGCUUUGGCCAGCUCGGCCGAGAGCCGGUGGUCAAGGAGGAGAAUGGCAGGCCGUACCCCGUGAAGGGCUUGGUUGGCCAUGAAGUCACUCAGGUGUCUGCAGGAAUGCACCACUCUUUGGCACUGGUGGCACCUGGCUUGGUCUGGUCUUGGGGACGCAACAAAUCCGGACAGCUGGGGGUUGGCCAUCCGCCCGUCACCGACAACCCGGAGGAGUCGGGAUUCCAGCUGGGUGCUAACAAAGAUGGCCAGAUCAUUUCAUCUCAGGCCGGCACCGACAGCUCUGUGGCUGCCGCCCUCAACUCCAAUAUCUGGCAGUGGGGACAGAUAUCUGAUGGCUUUCAGGACCAACUCGUCACCAGCGACAAGUCCAAGAAGAGCAGCAUAGCUGUUGUCAAGAACAGGCCGUUCCGGGUCUUUCAGAAGGACGAGUUUCGCUCGCAGAUGCGAGCAGGACGAGUCUCCAUCUCCUCGACAGGGUGUAAGGUCUUGCAUCAGGACACCUACACCGACAAGGUUCGAGUUGAGACGUUGGUCCAAGGGCUGAAGUCUAUGCAGGAGAGCAUCAACAAGGAGAGGCUGGACAUUGCUGCUCUCGAUGCUCAGCAAGUCAAGCAGAAGGACGGAGAGGCGCAAGCUGGUAGUGCGACAGAGAACGAGCUCGACACUCUGCAGGACACCAUCGGCGAGCUCGAGCACGACAUCAUGGUGCACGAGCGGGACAUCGAUGCACUGACCAAGAGCCUGGAGAGUUGCGAUCUUCGUCAGACCCACAACCGGAAGCAGCUCCAGCAACUGCAGCAGCAGGGCACUUCCUUGCACGACCGGCAGGACCAGGUCUCCCUUCAGAUCUCCAUGGCUCCGAAAGCUGGCGCCGAGAGGAGGAAGCUGGAGGAGCAGCUGGCCGAGGUAGAGGAGUUCGUGCAGGCGAACAAGAACACACGCAUGACACUUCUGGACCAGAGAGCGGAGACCGACAAGGAGAAGCAAAGCAUUGCUGCCCAGCUGGCCGACUUGCGCAGGCAAAAAGACCGAACUGAGCGCCGUCUGGGAAUAGUCCGCGAUCUGAGCAAAUCGACGCAGGCAACCAGCUCCGGUGCAUCGGACCUCCUGAUCAAGGUCCUGCACCAGCAAUGCACCGAGGUGGAAGAGUAUUUUGAAAAUCGCAAGGACACCUCCAAGGAGGACAAAGACUUCCUGGCGGCCAUGAAGAUCCUGGAGAUGGACAAAGCUUUCCUGGACAGGGUGGAAAACAAGAUGAAAGAGAAAAUGAAGGAAAUGAUCGACGGGAAUAUGCGCAAUGGUGACAGAUUGCGCAGCGACCGUGCGCAGAUGGUCUUCUUGAUGUUGUCUGACCUGAUACACCUCCGAAAGUCCUGGUGUGAAAUCUUGCAGGACCACUGGGCUAAAGAUGGCCUGGAUCUCUCCUGCUUCUUCCAAGGCUCCAAGAAGCCCUCGUCAGAAAUGCCUGUAUUGGCCGAGGAUGACCAGGAUUGGACUUUUCAGAGAGCGGGUCUUCCAGUUCGAAAUCCAUUUGCAAUGCAUGUUUCAGCAGAGCACUCGACUACACUUGUCGUGCACAUCAUUGCACGUCUGUGUCUCCAGACUGUGGCAUGUCUGCUGCGGUGCUUCUCACUUCCUCAGCAUCUCCUACCUCUCUUUGGGUCAGUGCCCCCCAUGCCACACCAUCCGAAAGCUUUCCAGGAAGUGUCGGCAUCUGUGCUUGCAACGCCAGGGCCUCGAGGUCCUUGCAGCCUAGCGGCCCAGUGUCUUGCCUUAUCUUCGCCCUACCGCGGUAGGUCUGGGAGCCCACGUUUCGUUUGGUAUAGUGCAGACUACGGAGCCGUCGGGGUUGAGUGCACACAGCCGAAGCCCAAAUGCAACAGUGACGGCCGGCGUGUCACAUAA